AUCGUCCAAAGACAUCGAGCACCAUGAGAGACAGAACGACCAUCAGGCGUCUUCAGAUGUAUCGGAACUUUAAACCAAAGCGAGAUAAAACUGGCAAGAUUGUGAAAGCAGCUCCUUUCCAGUCAACACUCAAAUCCGGAACAAUGGCCAGAGUAGAGCCCAACAGGAAAUGGUUUGGAAACACAAGAGUGGUCACUCAGAAUGCGUUACAGUCUUUCAAUGAGGCCUUGAACAAGGUGAAGGCUGAUCCAUACAAAGUUGUGAUGAGCUCAACGAAGAAUCCAGUGACCCUUUUGAGCUAUACGCCUAAGGAAGCUUCUGCUCCUCGGCUUUUGGAUCGAGAACCGUUUGAACAAGUUUUUGGCAAGAAAGCAACUCGUAAAAAGCCUACUCUGGACACUUAUGAUCUUGAUGAAAUGGUGAAAAAUGCUGAGUCUGCUCUUGCUAAGUGGGAAGAAGACCAGAGCCUGUUGACUCCAGUAGAAGAGGGAGUUAAAGACGAACAGCUGGAGAUUGUCUUCAAGGCUGGCACAUCGAAACGCAUUUGGAAUGAAUUGUACAAGGUGAUUGACUCGUCUGAUGUGCUCAUUCAAGUCCUAGAUGCGAGAGAUCCAAAUGGAACGCGGUGCAAACAAGUGGAGAACUACUUGAAGAAAGAGAAAUCCCACAAACAUCUUAUCUUUGUUCUCAACAAGGCUGACUUGGUGCCCAACUGGGCUAUAAAAAAAUGGGUAGCCAUACUGUCUGCAGAACACCCAACAAUGGCUUUCCGUGCCAGUAUCACCAACUGCUUUGGCAAAGGAGACCUCAUCUCUCUUCUCAGACAGUUUGCCAAGCUCCACAAGGACAAAAAACAGAUAAGCGUUGGAAUGAUAGGCUACCCCAAUGUUGGGAAAAGCUCCAUCAUCAACGCCUUGAAGUCAAAGAAAGUGUGUGGUGUAGCACCUGUGCCAGGAGAAACCAAGGUCUGGCAAUAUGUCACUCUGAUGAACAACAUUUUCCUCAUCGACUGUCCUGGAGUUGUGUAUCCUACAGGGGCCACACCCACAGACAUGGUGCUCAAGGGAGUGGUUCGUGUGGAGAAAGUGAAGCAACCAGAAGAUUAUGUUGCUGCAGUUCUAGACAGAGUGAAGAAAGACUACAUUCAGAAGACGUACAACCUGGUGAACUGGGAGAGCCCUGAAGAUUUUCUGGAGCAAUUGGCAAAAAUGUCAGGAAGGUUGCUGAAAGGUGGAGAGCCAGAUAUCAGCACUGUGGCCAAAAACGUCUUGAACGACUAUCAGAGAGGGAAAGUGCCGUACUUUGUCAGACCUCCAGAGAGUGAGUUGGAAGAGGAGAAUGAUGACAUCCCUGAGAAUGCCGAACUGUUGGAGGCAGCAGCUAAUGAUGGGUCUCUGGUCGAUGGCUCCAAUGAUGCAGCCAAAGAGAAUGGAGAUGAAGAAAGCUUAGCUGCAGGGGCAGAAGAGUCUAUGGAUAAAGAAAAUGAAUCUGAAGAUAACAAUGAGGAAGACAGUGAUGAAGAUGAAAGGGAAAUGUUAGAUGGGGAUGACAAUGGGGAAAAGACAGAAAAUACUGAGGUGACUGAGGACAUUACAUCUGAGAGUUCUUCACCUGACAAAAAGAAAAGGAGAAAGAAAGAAAACUUCAUUCAUCCAUUCUUUGAACAGACCAGUAGAAAACUUGGAGAUAUCAAUAAGAAAAUGGCAAAGUUGAAACAGAACCUGAAAGAAAUUCAGGCUCGAAAAGCUGAAAAGCAGAAGAAAAAGCUGGCAAUGGUGGAGGAUGCCCCUCAGACAGUUGCACAGUCAGACUCAGACACCACAGAGAAGAAGGCUGCAGCGGUGAAGACGAACAAAAAGCUGCCACAGUACAUUCAUGUACCAGACACUGAUCUACCGUCUGAAAAAGUACACGGUGGAAAGAAAGGAAGAAAGAGGAUAUUCCAAAGACUGGCAGACUCUUUAGUUCCGUGCUCCACAGCUACAAACAUGUCUCCUGAUGGAACCGUCAGUUCCCGCAAACGAAAACUGGAUUCUGGUGAAGAUUCUGCAUCUCCUGUGUCAGCAGCUAAGAAAGGAAAAGUUAACUCUGUCACAACAGUUCCAACAGCCAGUGGUGCUAUGAUAGUUAGUGACAUCAAUGACGGUCCCCACCCGAGGCUGAGACCAGAGGGAGGUGCUGAAGCAGACCCAGCAACAUCUGUGAAAAAGAAUCCAGGAGCGGUCAAGUCUACUGGCAAGAGGAGAAGAAUAGAGAAGGAACAGGAUGAAAGCCCAAGGCUGAAAGGAUUGGAGAGACGCCGAAUGCAGCGACAAGAGAUCAAGGAGCUGAAUAAAAAGAAUGAAUUUUACAAGGAUAAAGACAUCAAGAACAGAAGACAGAGAAAAAGAUAGCUUUGAAAUAUGUUGUUGUGUGAAUGUUGGUAUUAUUGACAUUGUUUCUUUGUGUAUGUCGGAACGGAAUGUUUAGAAACUACUGCCUACAAUAAACAGUAGGCUAUGAAGACUUUUAAAGGAAAUGUUUACCGGUUCUGUGAUUUCUGCAAAGUCGCAAGACUUGUUCAAAUGAAUAAAUGAAUUAUACAAACUA